CACAAAGUGAUAAAUUGCAGAUCAAAGAGCUUUUAAAGCUCCCUUCUUAUAUAUACAUAUAAAAGGCGAUGAAACUUAUGUAACUGAUAGUCUUUAUGGGGAAGCCAGCCCCUUCUACCAAGACACCUCUGCUUUUUCAAUCAAAGCUUCUCUGUUGCUCUCUGUUUUACCUCUUCAUAGCUCUCUUUCUUGCUCUCCAAAAAUCUCUUUCUUCAAAACCAUGCAUCUUCAAAUCCUCACCCUUUCACCCUAUUCAGACCUCUCUCUUCUCUUACAAUUCCUCUUAUGGAGAGCACAAAUAUGCCCUCUCUACGCAACACUCUUCUUGCUCCUCCCCUGUCUUUUUCUCAGAUUACAAAGUGGUGUUCAAUAAAAUUCAGGAUUUAUGCACGAACUCUUUGGCUUUUAGCCCGGUUUUGAAGUAUAUAGAGGGAAAUUCUGAUAGUUUUGGUGGAAAUUUCAGUAUUCAGAAGAGGACUUCUUAUUUUGAUCAUGCCAAUAAUAGUGUAGAAAUUCCUUGUGGGUUCUUUAAGAAGUUCCCAAUUAGUAAUUCUGAUAAAACUACAAUGGAAACUUGUAAUGGAGUUGUUGUAGUCUCAGCAAUCUUCAACAACCAUGACAAGAUUAGGCAGCCAAGAGGACUUGGAUCCAAGACCUUGGAAACUGUUUGUUUCUUCAUGUUUGUAGAUGUUUUAACAUUCCAAGGACUUGAAGAUUACCAAUUGACUCCAGGGAAAUCUGAAGAGCUCAAAAUUGGGGCAUGGAGAAUUGUUAAAGUUUCAAGCAAGAAUCUGUAUGAGAAUCCUGCCAUGAAUGGAGUGAUAGCUAAGUACUUAGUUCACAGACUUUUCCCAAACUCGAAAUUCAGCAUUUGGAUUGAUGCUAAGUUGCAGCUGAAUGUGGAUCCACUACUGCUGAUUCAUGCGCUUGUGGUCUCAAAAAAUGUGGACAUGGCAGUAUCAAAACAUCCAUUUUUCAUUCAUACUAUGGAAGAAGCCCUGGCAACUGCAAGGUGGAAGAAAUGGCGCGACAUCAAUGCAUUGCAGGCGCAAAUGGAGACAUAUUGCGAAAAUGGAUUGCAGCCGUGGACUCCCAACAAGCUCCCCUAUCCCUCAGAUGUACCAGAUAGUGCACUGAUUUUAAGGAAGCAUGGACUGAGGAGCAAUCUGUUCUCUUGCCUUUUGUUCAACGAGUUGGAGGCGUUUAAUCCAAGAGACCAACUGGCUUUCGCCUUUGUGAGAGACAAGAUGAUCCCGAAGCUUAAAUUGAACAUGUUUGAGGAGGAAGUGUUUGAGAAUAUCUGUGUGGAGUACAGGCAUAAUAUUAAAGCUAAAGGCGUCAGUGAAAAAGGCUUCAAUUUCAAAGGCAACGAAAGAGCAAAGCAAGAUUUGUUUAUGAGUAAUGGCAGCAAUUGCCAGAAGUAUCUUUUCAAAAUGUGGGAGGGGGAAUCCCAUUAUUGAUCUUGUCUGUAAUUAAGCCUUCAUCGUAAAACCACAACUCCGGCAGAGCUUAGCACUUCAUCAACUCCACAAUGUUGGAAUGAAACUUAUUUUCACAAUGGAAAAUAUAUGGGGCAACAAAUAUAUAGGAAUUAUUUACGAA